GCGGAGCAUCACCACUCACCAGCGACACCUCUACCUACCGCCGUUACCACAACCACCACCACAUACAAAACGCUACCAUGCCGAUCCCCGAGUCCGCCGCAUACCUAGCCAAGAAGCCGUCGGUCCCGCCGACAUUCGAAGGCGUCGACUACGACGACACGAAAGCACUCAAGGCCGCCCAGGACGCUAUCCUGCGCGAGCAAUGGGUCAAAAGUAUGAUGGCCCGUGUUGUCCGUGCCGAGCUCGGAAAGUGCUACUACCGUGAGGGUGUCAACCACCUUGAGAAGUGCGCGGGUCUACGGGACAGGUACAUGGAACUACUGAAGCACUCCAAGGUGAAGGGAUACCUCUUCGAGCAAACCAAUUACGUUCCCAAGAAGGAGUAAAGCCGAGAAAGAGGAAUCUGGGAUGCACGGGGAGUGGGGAAGCGAGUGGACGGGGGAAGGAUGGUGUAUCGUCGAUCGCGAGCCAUACGGAAUAGAAAUACGAUCUAUGCAUCGGCACCGCUUCUACGCGACCUCCAUCCUAUGUGCAUUCAGCUCCUUUGGAAUUUCAGUUUCGCAGGGCGGGGGAUGGGGGGCUGGGUUGGUAACCGGGUGGGACAUUGCUCUGCUGUCAGAUCUACCCAUGG